AUGUCGGAAGAAACAUUUAAGUCUAUGAAUGAUCAGGCAAUUAUUAAAAUUGAACCACCAGAAUAUCCAGUAGAAGACAUUAAACGCGAAAAUGAUGAUGAAUUUGAUGUACUUGAUAUAUCUAUCGUUAAAUCUGAAUCAUUUUCUGAAGACGAUGACACGUGUUUAGAAAGAUUCAUGAAAUCCGAGGUGACAAUUGAAGAUAAAGUCAAACAGGAGUCUUUUGAUUGUGAAAUUUGCAAUCAAUCAUUUGCAGAAUCCCAUCAUCUAACAAAACAUAUGGUCAACCACAUGCCUAAGCGUAGCAAAGAACGUCCUUACAAAUGUGGAAUCUGCCCAAAGACUUUCAAUCAAUCAAGAGGGUUGAACACACACAUGGUCAUUCAUAGUGGUGAGCGUCCACAUAAAUGCAAUGAAUGCAAUAAGGCAUUCAUAUCUGUAACUCAUCUGAAAACUCACAUGCUGAUUCACAAUGGUAAGCGUUCCCAUGAGUGCAAGGAAUGCAAUAAAACAUUCAUACAAACAAGUCAUCUGAAAACUCACAUGCUCACUCAUAGUGAUAAGCGCCCUCAUGAGUGCAGUAUAUGCAAGAAGUCCUUUACACAAGCACAUCAUCUGAAAAGUCACAUGCUCGUUCACGCUGGUGAGCGUCCCUAUGAAUGCAGUAUGUGCAAGAAGACAUUCACAUAUUCAAGUAGUCUGAAAAGGCACAUGCUCAUUCACAGUGGUGAACGCCCCCAUGAGUGCAGUAUAUGUAAUAAAAGAUUUACACAAUCAAGUAGUCUGAAGAAGCACAUGCUGAUUCAUAACAGAGAGCAUCUUUAUAAAUGUUAA